GAAGCGUCGCUCUGUCUCCUCCCCGCGCCCGUCUCUCUGUGCCUCGGAUCCUUGCCUUUCCGCCUCCCGGUUGCUAAGCAGCGGCGGCGGCUGGUUUGAAAGCGCUCCCGAGGCGCCAAAGGGGAGCCUGCCGGCGGGACCACAAGAGAGGAGGAGGAGGACGUUGGGGCCCGGCCUCGUCACCGGCUUGGAUGUGGGGACCCGGCGCGGAGAGGGCAGCUUUGGGAGAGCCUUGCGCCCUGCCUGCCAGAGCAGAGAGCCCGCCUGGAGGAGAAUGGGCACAAGGGCCGACCAGCUCCUGAUUGUGGUUUCUAUCCUGGAAGGGCGUUACUUUCCAAAACGUCCAAAGCAUAUGCUUGUGGUAGAAGCAAAGUUUGAUGGUGAAACUCUAGCUACAGACCCUGUGGAACAUAUUGAUCAACCUGAAUUUGCCACAGAGUUAGCUUGGGAACUUGACAGGAAAGCGCUUCACCAACACAGAUUACAGCGUACACCUAUCAAGUUACAAUGCUUUUCUGUGGAUUCUCUCUCUUCCGCCAAAGAGCCUGUAGGUUACAUUAUACUAGAUUUGAGAGUUGCUCAAGAGAAGAAACAGCCGCCAAAAUGGUAUCCAUUACUGAGCAAUAGAUACACAAAAUUUAAAUCUGAGCUACAACUCAGUCUAAUGCUAGAAACUGAUACUAAGGCAUCCACAGAUGGCUUUAAAGCAAAGGACGCGCCUCCCAGAGAUGUAACAGCACCUCUUCGGCUACUUGGGUUGGAUCCCAAAAAUCUUGCAGCAGUGCUUAAUGAAGAGGAAGGAUACCAUCAAAUUGGACCAGCAGAAUAUUGCAGAGACUACUUUGUUCUGUCUGUCACUGUUGCAUUUGCUACACAGUUAGAACAGCUAAUACCUACCACAAUGAAACUUCCAGAACGACAGCCUGAGUUCUUCUUCUACUAUUCACUCCUGGGCAAUGAUGUUACCAACGAACCAUUCACUGAUUUGAUCAAUCCAAACUUUGAGCCAGAAAGAGCAUCUGUUAAAAUACGCAGCAGCGUUGAAGUUCUAAGAGCUUAUUUUUUGGCUCACUCAAAGUUGAAGAUCCAUCUUUGCUGUGGGGAUCAAUCUCUUGGAAGCACUGAAAUACUUCUAACUGGGCUGUUGAAGAAAGGAAGCGUGGAAAUCCUUCAACAUCCAGUAGCAAUUGAAGGAGCAUAUAUUCUUGUUCCACCUAACAGAGCCCGGCAAAAGCUGCUACCUGUCCCUUUGGAUAUGGCUCCCACUGUUGGGGUGUCAGUAUCUCUUCAAAAAGAUAGCAGAGUUUCUCAGCCUCAGUUAUCUUCAAAGGUUGAGUCUGAAAAUGUGAAAAGAGCUUCAUCUCCGAUGCGUGAUCAGAAAGGGAGUCCUGAGCCUAGUUCUCAAAAUGCGUUACCCCGGGUUAGCCAUUCUCCUCCCAUAAAAGAUGACGCGACAGACAGUGAAGUGGAAAGUCUUCAGUAUGACAAGAACCCAAAGGCACAGAAAAAAGCCUCGAAUGCCCGAGCACCUGCUCCUCAGACUCAGCAGGCCGGUACCUCUGAAUCUACCACAGGUCAAAAAAUUGCUGUUCCAGCGGCAUCCCAUCACUUCUGUUUCUCAAUAGACUUAAGAACUCUCCAUAAUCUGGAUACUGCCUUUCCCGUCAAUUGUAUGUUAAGGUAUUCGUAUCCGUUUUUUGGAAGCGCUGCACCCAUUAUGACAAACCCUCCCGUGGAGGUCAGGAAGAACAUGGAAGUGUUUCUUCCCCAGUCGUAUUGUGCAUUUGAUUUUGCAACACUGCCCCAUCAGCUGCAGGAUACCUUCUUCAGGAUACCAUUGCUGGUGGAGCUGUGGCAUAAAGAUAAAACAGCCAAAGACUUACUGCUGGGAGUUGCAAGACUCCAGCUUUCAAAUAUUUUGUCCAUGGAAAAAACCCGCUUUCUAGGUGCUAGCGGGGAACAGUGCUGGCGUCAGACCUUCAGUGAAACAAUCCCUGUUACAGCAGCACAAGGGGCAAGCAACAGGAUAGCCGAGAUUUCAUAUACGGUGACCCUAGAAGAUUAUGGGCUUGUGAAAAUGCAUGAAGUUGUGGUGUCCGAUUCUUCUCAGGGUUUAGGUGCCAAUGAGCCACCACUGGUUCCUUCAUCUCAGCCACGUAAUGUUCCUGAAAUCCAGCCAGAAACAAGAGAAACUCUAGAAUACAAAGCAGCACUUGAAUUGGAAAUGUGGAAGGAACUGCAAGAAGAUCUUUUUGAAAACCAGCUGAAGAAGAAGGAGCUAGCUCAUAUGCAGGCUGUUGCAGAAGAGUGGAGAAAAAGGGACAGAGAGAGGGAAGCAUUGGUGAAGAAAAAAGUUGCAGAAUAUACAGUUUUGGAAGAAAAACUUCAAAAAACGUUAACUGACUUAGAGAAGCGUGAAAAGCAACUUGUUGGUGCUGAAACCGAGCUCCAAAGAGCAAAGAAAGAGCUCCAAGCAGAGCAUGAACGAAACUGCCAGGAGCUUCAAGAUGCAAUGCGGCGAGUCAAAGAAGAAUGCAUGCAUCAGGUCGAGUUGGAAAAAUCCCGGUUCAGACAGUUAGAAGAGGACAAGAUCCGCUUGCAACAACAACUUUAUGACUGGGAAAACAAGUAUAAAGCUCUGGAGAAAGAGUUUCAGCAAUACAAGGAGCAGCAAAGCAGCAAACCAGAAAUCCGACUGCAAUCAGAAAUAAGUAUUCUAACUUUAGAAAAGGGGGACCUUGAAAGGAAGUUGGAAUCGGCGACCAAGGCAAAACUACACUACAAGCAACAAUGGGCGCGAGCGCUGAAGGAACUAGCAAGGCUUAAACAGCGUGAGCAAGAGAGUGCCAUGGCCCGCCUUAAAAAACAACAGCAAGAGCUUGAACACAUGAGGCUACGGUAUCUGGCAGCAGAAAACAACGAAUUGGGGAAGGCACAGCGGCAAGAGCUAGAGGAUAUCAGAAAUGAACUGAACAGAUUAAAACAGGAAGAAGAAGACAAAAAGCAGUCGCCAGAUCCCCAAGAGGUUUUGGGGUUGCAGAUGCAAAAUUCUCAUACGCGGCAAGUAGAUGAGAGUUUAGAUGACUACCUUGCACGCCUGAUAGAGGAGAGGGAUACCUUGCUGAGGACAGGAGUGUAUAGCCACGAAGACCACAUUGUGAAUGAGCUCGAUCGCCAGAUCAGCGAGGUGCUCACCAAAAGGAGCAGGAGCAAGUACCCAAACUUGCAGAACUGAUUUUUAUUUUUCAGUAAAGUAAAGCAUGGCUCGGGUCUCUGCAGAGACCCUGAUCCUGAAGGACUUGUGUGAAUGCUCUGCUUUGUCUUCCAAGACUUAUCUGCAGCCCUAUUCUACUGUUUGAGGUCUUUGAGAGAGAAUGAGAAGA